AGACUCUGAAGAUGGCAGCAUAUUCCUGUCCAAUCAGGGCACUGAACCUUCGGGGUUGAUCAACAGUAGCGAACUGUUCAGUUGGGAGUACGUGAAAAACCUCAGAGAUGAAUCGCACUGCAACGCAAUACAAGACUGCCAUCCACUCUUCGCCACCGUUACUGAUCCCGUCAUUCUGGUCCUCUUCACCUCAGGCAGCACCUCACCCACUCCAAAAGGCGUUGCCCUACGAAACUGCCAGCUUAUGAACCGUCUCGCCUGGCAGUGGAGUCCAGCCUCGCCCCUGGCCGAUUUGACAGGACCCAGUCUGACCAAAACCUCCUGGCUCUUUGUGGACGCCUUCACAGAAGUGUUCGGUGCACUGCUAGCCGGUCGGCCCCUCCUCCUUCCCCUCUCUUCCCGUGGUCAUCUCUCCACCGUCCAGGUGUUCACGGAUGCUACUCUCUUGGCCAAUCUGGUGCAAAAGUUUGCCAUCGUGCAGCUCACCGUGGUGCCGGAGCAGCUAAAGUCCUGGUUGAUUCAACUCGAGGCUAGCACGGAUCGCGAUCUGAUUGAUCACUUCUCCAGCCUGGAGGUUCUGGUUGUGAGUGGCCAGUUAUUGCCCGUGCGCCUGGCAACCGACGCUUUUCGCAUCUUCGGCGAGGUGGGCAGACUUCGUCUGGUCAACCUCUACGGCAGCACUGAGGUGGCUGGUGAUGUGACGGUGGCAGUAUUUGAUAGUCUGGAGGAAGUUCUUGCCAGUCGUGAGGCGGAGAGUUCAGCUGAAGCUGACGGUGCCUUCUUUCUGCCUGUUGGACUGCCCAUCCAAAACUGCGAGGUUUACGUUCUGACACGACGCUCAGAUGAAGGUAACGAAUCUGAUGAGCUACGAGUGCUUCCACGAGGAGAAACCGGGGAGGUUUAUGUGUCAGGUGCCGCAGUAUGCGCUGACGGCAAAAUCUAUGCUGCACCAUUAAAGUAA